CUCAGUCUUGAUCCGCUCCAUGGAAGAGGCCACGUCCCCGGCGCCUACAGAAGAGAUAGAACUCACGGUGCUAGAGGAGCAGCCUGGGGAGCAGACGCCACUCAAUGGAGCCCUCCAGCUCCUGCCUGCUUCUGCCCAGGACCCCUGCCUAGACCAGGCUACCAAGAAGAGCCCCUGGAGUGCCUGCAACAAGAACCUGGUUGGACGGUGCAAACUGUGGAUGGCUAUCGUCUCCAUUUUUGUAGGCUUCAUUAUAGUGAUCAUUCUGGGCCUAUUUCUCACUGGAGUAACUUAUGUAGAUGAAGAUGAACAUGAAACACUUGAAUUAUCAUCAAACAAAACCUUCUUCAUGAUGCUAAAGAUUCCGGAGGAGUGUGUUACUGAAGAAGGAUUGCCUCACCUGCUCACUGAAAGGCUCACAGAGGUGUACAGUAAAUCACCAUCUCUGAGUCGAUAUUUCAUCUUGGCUGAAAUAGCAGACUUCAGUGGUGAGAAUGCCACAGUAACCUAUCACCUGCGAUUUAUGAUUCCAGAGGAAGAUCACAGUUUUAUGAGAUAUAUGAUGAGUGAGGAGUUAGUACUGGGCAUUGUGCUACAGGAUUUCCAUGAUCAGAAGGUUCCAGGCUGUGAGAGUCUGGGGCUUGGUCCGGAAUCUCUCCUCCUGUACGAAUGAAAUUAUCUGGGUUGAUCUAGUUUAGAAAUCAGUGCUCCACUGAGAUUUGGAAUGAAGAGAACUCAUUUUGCUUUGCGCAGAAGAUGCUGUGGAUUAACAUAGAAGUACCUGGCAGUGACCCCAAGGUGGAGACUGUCUUUCCUCCUAAUUCUGCACAGAGAGGAAGUGUGACUCCAUAUCCACAGAGUGGCUCUAGUGCUGCUCCAGCUGGGUCCAGUUUUGACAAGAUCAAGAAGACAGAUGGUGUGAGAGGGAUGGGUGGAGGCAGGCUCCACAGUGUGAAGUGCUGGCCAUCUCUAUGCACAGGUGGAUAAAAGGUGACACACUGCCUUGCUUUAGAUGUGAUCCUGUUGGUGUGUGCUGGUGGGGUAGAGAGAAGCAAGUGUCCACAUGAAGGAGAACUGAGUCCAUUGUUUGCUGAAAUCAUUCUUCUCUCCUCCCACUAGUAUCUUUGAUUCAUCUCUAAGCCAUGCUAUGAGGAAAAGGAAGUCCCUUUGUACAAUAUAUACAAUGUAGCUGUAUCUUCUUCCACAUCCUGUACCUGGGUAUCAUAGCAACCAGUCUUAGGCUGUCACUAUGUAUUUUUUUAAUGUAUAAACAUAUAUAUAUAUAUAUAUAUACAUAAGAUAGAUAUUUCUUAAUUAUUUUGCAUCUCUUCAUUAUUAUCAGGACUCCUGAACUCUUUUGGAACAUGGAUCCCUGUGAGUUCUAAACCUGCCAUCAUUUUGAAUUGUAAUUCCAGGUACAUGUUUAUAAAACUUCCAUCAGAGAAUCAAGACUAGUUAACCUCAGCUACCCAUAAGUCUCUUUGGCUGUGGCUUUCUAGUGUCACCAGCCUACCUGCAGGUCUCAAUGUCUUCAGGACACUUCUUGGCUGUGACUUACUGAAGAUGGUUGUAAAAUAGGAAGACUCCUGUCUUUUUGAAAUAAAUUUUUUGUACCCAUCAUUGACAGGGUGUCAAUGACUGUAUCAGUCAUCUAUGAAUAUAGAAUUGUGGGCCAUGAGAGAGCAGAAUAUUCACUUUGUUAUAGCCUUGCUAUAAAAUUUCCAGGAUCUUAUGGUCAUAUAAUGAGAGAUUUCCUAACCCCCUCAUAGCUCAGUUAAGUUAGCUGUACAUGGAAGUUAGUGUGAGAAGCAGAUAUGUAUUAAUACAUCAGAGUACAGAUUUGACUUGAGCUCCUUGUGAUGUAGAUCAGGUUCAAUGUAAAAUUGCUUUUGUAUUUAAUUAGAAGAUGCUUAUGUUUUAACUCAUUGUCUCUUUAUAAGGAUAGUUCCUUAAAGAAAUGAAACUAGUGAAUUUCUCUUCUUCCUCUUUAUUUUUUUACAUGUCAAAUGUGAACCUUAUUGUAUCUGUACAUUUUUAAAAUAAUGA